AUGUAUGAUUAUGCACUUACAUUUUCGAAGGAGAUAGAACUUUUCUGGUUUCAAGAUCGCUGGAAUUGGGCAUUCAUCUUCUUCAUUGCCAACAGAUACAUAGGCCUCCUUGGCCGUAUACCAGGGUUUUUUUGGCUAUUUUUCCCGAACAACAGUGGUCUAGAUAAUUCAGUGUUCGGGUUUGCUUCUCGCUGGAGAAGUCACCAUGGAAGUUCUUCAAAUCAUCGGAGAAGCAUGGCAGUGGUUAUGACGGCACGUGUAUAUGCCAUCUACAACCGAGACAGACGUAUCGUGAGUCUCCUUGUCGUGGCAGCAGUGACUGCUCAGGGCUUGUACUGUGUGCAAUCUUGUGCAUACUAUUUUGAUGUAUGUGUACCUCAUGCACGCUUCGGUCUAGACUGGGCCGCAGCAUGGGGUGGUCAACUGUUCUUUGAUGCUGUAGUUUUCAUCCUCACCCUUAAGAAGCUGACAAGUAGUCACUCCCUUGGAAGACGGACUUUCAUGUCCUUGUUAUUGCGUGAUGGAUGUGGCAGGAUAAUGACUGCUGCAAACGACGCGAACAUUACUACAUAUUUCGUGAUGGCAGAUGUGAGCAUUCAGCUCAUCCCUUGGUUGCGCACUCAGAGUCUGACACUCCUAAAGCUAUUCAACAAAUCGAUGUUAUCCGCUCUGACGAACAUUAUGUCGCUUGUACAUGAUUUGGGCGCUUUCUCGAAGGCUUUGCGUGAUGAUGAUUUCGAGGCUGAUGCUGAAUCUUCGGGAUCUGGAGCGGAAGUUGACAGCUUAGCUACCGGAAUGAGGGCUAGUGGUUCAUGUCAGACAAGGUUUCGUCAACCAUCCAUGGAGACCCACACACCCAGCUACUACUCACAUUCUGAGUUGUGGGGUACCAUAGAUCUACAACACGUUCAACAAGGCAGGCAUCCCAAGGUGAUAGCCACCACAAGACCAAAGCCAAACCGGAACAAGGCCGAUGGAAAUUAUAGCCACUAUCCUGCUUACCGGAAAUGGUACCAUGAUGGACGCAUAACUAGCACAAUGUUGUAA